AGGAGGAACUUGGAUUGACCCUUCAGUUGUGUUAACCUGUUCACACAAAGACAUCAUGAGGGCAGCAGUAACCCUCCUGGCUCUCUCUCUCCUUCAUGUCUGCUCUUCAGUCCCAGUCAGCCCCCCAACCAACUGGCUCAGACGAUGUCGAGCCUCCACCAACAUCUCCAUCACCGCACUGGAAGCGCUGCCAGGUGGGGGCUGGGACAACCUCCGUAACAUGGACAUGGGACGAGUCAUGAACCUGAGCUACUUCGAGUGCCAGACCACUGAUGAUGGGCUCUACCUCAUCCCAGACGAGGUGUUUGUCAUCCCCCGCAAGGAGACGGGCGUGGAGACCAAAUCGGAGAUAAUCAGCUCCUGGCUGGAACAGACAAGCUCGACAUCUUACUCCAUUAAUGCUGACGUAUCAUAUCUCCCACAGCUUAAUGGGAAAUUUUCUGUAGAGAAUCAAAGAAUGAAAACCCAUCAGGUCAAAGACUCUUCAACUACAGCCAGAGUGCAAGUUCGUAACUUGAUCUACACAGUAAAGGCGUAUCCGGACUUUGCUCUGGACACUCGCUUUGCUCAACAAGCCAAAGCGAUAGCCGAUGCCAUUGAGAACAACCAAACAAAAAAUGCAGACCAUCUCUCAGAGAAGAUGGUGUUAGACUAUGGAACCCAUGUUAUCAUGAGUGUUGAUGCCGGGGCUACUUUGGUGGAGGAGGACUACCUCCGCUCCUCGUAUGUGUCUGACAGUUCUUCAGACAGUUCUACCAUCAAAGCACAGGCAGGGUUUAACUUCUUUGACAAACUCAAGUUUGACAUAAGCAGUCAAAGAACCCAACAGAGCUCAUCACUUCAGACAUAUCAGUCCAAUAUUACGUACUCUCUUAUCCAAAGCCAUGGUGGUGGCACACCUUUUUAUCCGGGCAUAACUCUGCAGAAGUGGCAGGAAAGUAUCCGAAACAACCUGGUUGCUAUUGAUAGGUCUGGAUCUCCCCUUCACUACUUCAUAAACACAAACACCAUUCCUGAUCUGCCACCGCCUACUAUCGGCAAAGUGGCUUCCAAAGUGAGUCAGGCUAUAGAUCGAUACUAUAAGGUCAACACGAGGCCUGGAUGUGUUGACAUCAACUCCAAGAACUUCAACUUCCAGGCUAAUAUCGAUGAUUCGUCCUGUGAGGGCCCCGCUACAAGCCUCAGCUUUGGCGGCGUCUACCAAAAGUGUGUUCAAAUGAGCUCAGACGCAGGUCCACUAUGUGACGCACUGGCCCAGAAAAACUUAGAAACAGGUGAAUUCUCAUGCCGUUCUCCUUACAUCGCCACUUUACUGAGAUCAGAAGUGAGACAGCAGGGUUACACUUCAUACGACUGUAAUUUUUUAGGGCGUUUCAAGUGUCGGAACAACUACCACGUCCGCACUGCCCGCAUUGACACCUACUGGUGCUCUGUAAAUAGAAAUGCUCCAGACAACUCAGGGUAUCUGUUUGGAGGAAUUUACAGCCCCUCUCUCCUGAACCCCCUCACCAAUGCCAAAAGCUGCCCGCAAAGCUUCAUUCCAGUUAAAUUUCUCUCUGAUGGACAAAUAAUCUGUGUGAGCAAGGACUAUGAGACUGGCACCAGAUUCUCAGUUCCAUUCGGAGGCCUCUUUAGUUGUCAGUCAGGCAACCCAAUAUCUGGUUCCCAACAUUGUUGCCCUCCCAAGUUCAGUCAGCAACUUGUUUCAGUGAGCGAUGGCUGUGAAAUCCUUUACUGUGUCCAGUCAGGGCAGUUCACAGGUGGACAGCUGCUUCCUAUCCACCUGCCUCCUUUCAGCAAACCUCCACUUGUCAGCAUGCAAGCCACGAACACAGUAAUGGUGAUGACCGAAGGAGAUACGAGCUGGGUUAGAGUAGGAGAGACCAAGGAGUGGAAAGUGGCCAGCCCACAAGAAAUCAAGAAAAUCAUGGAAAAGCUUAACCCAGAACUGUAUGAGACGUCUAGUGGAAAGAAGACUGGAGUAGCAUUUGGGGUGAUUGGGAUGAUGGUACUGGUGGCAGUGGUGGUAGUCCUGGUGAAGAGAAGGAAGAAGCCGGAUCGAGAGGGACUGAUACAGCAGAUUGAGCUUUAAUAAAAGAAAAUCAGUAUAGAGGCUUUGAAACCAGAGAUGUUUUUUUUACUUUACCUUUCGAAUCAUUGAAUGUUGGAGUGGAUUACGUUCAUGUUCUGUAUCUGAGGGCUCCUUGCUUAAAUAUGAUUGACACUGCAAUACAAUCUUUUUUUGUUAUAAAUGUUUGGGAAACCAAUCAGUUAUUAAAAUGUUCACAGCUAGGGAAAGACAUUCUUUUCUGAUAGCCUAAUAUGCACUUUUUUGUUCAUUAUAAGUCAAAUUUGUCUUUAUUAGUCCCGUAACAGAAAUCAUUUGAUGUCCCAAUAAGUCUCAUAACACAAAGCAGAGGGCCAUAGUGAACCAACACUGCCCUCAUGAGGCUGAGAUGCACAGAUUCAUGUAAUAGAUCGUUUGUAUUCACUUAUUGAAAACUUGAAUGCGAUGCUUGACACUUUCACCAAUAUAUAGAUAUCAUUGUUUUUAAGCAUUACCAUUAAAAUGUAUAUAUAAAUAAGCAUAAGUUUAUGUUUUAUGUCUUGCUUCUAAAAUUGAAUAGAAUUUUAAUUGUAUGUUGACUUAACUCUUCUGAUGGCACUUAACUUUUAAUAAAGUCUUUUAACCCAA